CCAACAUGAUAGUGUUAUGCUUACCAUACAUCGUGACUGAGAAGUACAGCCUCAAUUUUUCGGGCCCCGACCAAUACGCCUUCCUCCAAUCUAUGAAGCACGCCAACAAAAUGUUCAAAACCACGAGACACAUACUGGACAGUCACAAAUGGAGCUGUCUGUUCGUGGAGACUAUGCCGGACCUUCUACUGAUGGGUGCGAAGCAUUUGUACGACCAGGAGGGCGUGCUAGAGAUGUUCGGAGUGGAUAUACCGGCGAAUGCGCAGUCUUAUUUGUAUCCGAAGGCCGUGUUUAAUUCGAUAUUGAGAUAUUUUGAUGAUUUGAUUGAUGGAAAUAUAAUGCAGUACUUAUGUACAAACCAAGCCACCACGAUAUUCGACAUACUGCUCAAAUUAUGGGAAAAAGUUGUCCAAACAAAAGUUUUCGAAUUCAAAGUAAUGUCGCUAUACGCGUUCAUCGCAUUUAUGGAGAGUGUUCCUUUAGGGUUUGAUACAGAUGCUUUUGUAGCCAACUUUACAUGCAACCAUCUCACGCAUGCAAUAAAAUCGUCCUCGAACAAAGACGAGUUGCGCGUACUGACAAAAUCACUAAAGAUUGUUCUAACAAGGCUUUUGCCGCAAUCUGCUGACAUGAUCAGAAAACCGAUGUUAAAGGCCUUGUCAAUAUUGUUAAUCAAGAAAGAAGAAGGUUAUGACCAAGAAUGUGAGGGAUUGAUAAAAUAUUUAUCUGUUGAUAUGAAAGACGGCACGAGACAGAAUGAAGAUGUGGUUGAUUUCAGCAACGCGUCUCACGGAGCGGUGGUUUCUUGCGCUUCGAGUUUAGAGUUUUCGGAGAGACUCAAAGCGUAUAGUUUUACUCUUACGUGCCCAAGCCACGAAGCGUUAAGCAACCUACGACAGUUCGUCAAGUUGAACAAACACCACAUCAACAAUUUAUGCGAAGAACUAAAUACGAAGCACUUUUCUGAAGAAUGCAAGACGAGCGUCAUACAUCAAGUCAUUUACGCUCUCACCAACAUUAUGAAAUCUUCGUCUGAUGAUAAGAUCAUAAUCGAGGCCUGCAACUGUUUAUCAGAGAUCGGCACUUACGAUCUAAAGACCAUCGUCACCGUGCCUCCCCCGGAUACGAAGCGUGUGACACAUCUGCCGCCGAAACAGAGCUUCGCUUUUGCCGUCGUGGCGGUUCUCUCCGAGGCUCUUUGUGACGACAACCCGGCGGCUACUAAUAAAGCAGUUGGGGCUUUGAGUGAUUUAUUUAAAUAUCGUGAAGGAAAAGAUGCCUUAGAAUUGGGAGACGUCAAUGUCCAACUACUAAAGCCCUUCCUGUCGCCUAGCAGCGAAAGUGAGAACGCAGUAUUCAAACUUAGCAGUCGAAAGCUGGAAAACUGCUCGGAUGUAGGCUUUUGGAUCCCAAAAGACAAGGAAGACCAUAUCCAGUGGUUGGCUAGGAUAACCACUGCGUUCCUUGAUGUGCUGGCCUCGGAUACAAAUUAUAUAAAAACUCUGAAAGAAGUAUGCGAAGUCAAGCCAUCAAUAUGCCAGCAUAUUCUCCCAGGCCUGGUCGGCUUACUUCUCUAUUCAUCACCUGAAACACACAUACAGAUCUUCAGCGAUCAGAUAAACAAUUUCUUCAAAUUCAUCUGGAACAUGAAAUUUGAUGAUGAAAUCGACAACAGCGGCGAACGCGGUAACCGCAGUUCAAACUUGAUUGGCCACGAUCGCAAAAUGAUCAUUCGGUAUAUGAUUGAUAUAGUUGAUUUUGUACGGUUGCAAAGGACUCAUUAUAAGUCGCGCCCUGACCGUACGCCAGUGGACGCACUAAACUACCUAAGACUCGACUACGACAAGGUGGCUUGGGCGGCCUCCGUGGCCGAACAGAACUUGGUAGCGAUAUACUACGGCGAGCUCUGGGCCGUCGCACAGAAUGGCGGCGUUCCUCCGCCUUCGCCCGAACGGACGACGAAUCUGGACGGUGGUGACCAUAUUCAGAGGAUCUUUAGAAAGUGUUUUGUAUCCAUCGGCGAAAUGGACGCCGUAGACGGCUGCGGCACAGCACAUCUGACUAGCGAAGAGGAAAAGCGCAACCACCUCAUCAACACAGGCCAAUACACUGACGCUCUCCUCUCCCACGAUAUUGCCUUAUCCAGCAAUCCUUCCACGGACCUGCAACUAGGUGUUGUAAGGUCGCUAUACAAGUCUGGGAUGCACCAUUUGGCUCUGCAGUAUAUUAAGUCGUUACCGGAGAACGAUCAGAUUAAUGAUGUCAAGUACGAUUGCUUGACUUGUCUCGGAGAUUGGAACCACUUCGUCGAUACCAAAGAUUUGGAAGAGAAGUCAAAGACUUCGAUGAAAACCCCACUGUCGCUUAUAAAAGCGCUGCGGUACGCUUGCCUCAAAGAAUGCUUCAAAAUGCAAACACAACAGUACUUAGAGUCUAACCUAACUUUACCCUUGGACAGGGCCAAGUUAGCUGUUUCCAAAUGGUGCCAGAACUUCAAUAUGGAAAACUGUCAGAACGUAUACAGAGUUGUAACAAAUCUACAACUAUUUAGCGACAUCGAAGAAUACUUCUUAGUCAGAAACAGAAAACAAACUAUAAACAGUUUAUUGAACAAUUGGAAAGUCGAGAAGUUGCCUUCGUUUCACGAUUUUAAGCAUCUGGAACCAUUGAUAUCGCAAAGGAGUUUGAUACUCGAACAUGCUGGGAAACAUUACGGUACAUUUUUGAAGGAUAUUGUAUCGCUCCAGUUGCAAUACGCCGAAUUGGGGCUUUCCAAUGGAAGAUUGCAAACGGCUCAACGUAUGUUGUCGGUCGCGAAAAACCUGCAAAAUGGCGACGCAGUGUCCUUGGUAGAGAGUAGAGUGGCGUGGGCUAAAGGGCAUAGGGAGAUCGCGUUUUCUCUCAUUCGCAUGAUGGGCGACCGAGCUGAUGACAUUGAACUUAAUGCUGCCUCAUUAAGACAAUAUGGAAUGUGGAUGGCAGAAUCGAAAUACGACAAUCCCAGGGAUAUAAUCAACAAAUAUCUGAAAAAGAGUCUCGACGUUUUAGCUGGAAGCGAUCACCGGCAGACCAGACUGGAAGUUUACCACGACAUUGCCAAAUUCGCUGACUCAGAAUAUAAGCAGGUGGUUUCAUACAUGAAUUCUUCGAUUUUUGAACACAAGUUGAAAUGUAUGGAAAAUAUGAAGGGUGCGGCGAAUACCCUGAGAACUACGUCGACACAACAGCAAUUAACAAGGGACGAAAAGAAAUAUCUGGCAACUACGAGCGGUUUGAGUAACUUGGACGAGGCAGAUAUUGCUAAUACAAAGGCAGAGAAGCAACGAUACUUGCAACUAGCUAUGAGGUAUUACCUGCUGUCUCUAAAGCACAGCGAAGACAACAACCUAUCAGUGUUUCGCGUCAUCUCCCUCUGGCUGGCCAACCCGAACCUAGAGCUAGACGCAGACGGCGACAGUUUCGAGACAUUGCUACGUGCCCUGCCGUCACGCAAGUUCCUUGCGGCGUUGCCACAGUUAGCGCCAAGACUUGCACAGGAGACCGGCGCGUUUGCUGACAACUUGAACAAUAUUUUGAAACGUUGUGCGAAAGAACACCCACACCACACUCUCCCCAUCCUCUUCAGUCUUAAGAACUCCGACAAAGACAUGCACAUCCUAAACGCGAGCCGGCAUGCGGCAGGCGACGCUCUGACACCAACGCAAGAACCUCCCGAGUCUCGUGUAGGAGCGGCUGAGGCACUAGUAGCGGCGUUGGCUACGGAAAACACGGCCCUGAAGAAAAUUAUAGCUCAGAUGGAACGCAUGUGCGAUGCUACAAUAAGCUUCGCGAACUACAAAACCAAGGAGAAAGCUCAAAAGCAGAAGAUUCCGUCCGCGGAACUGAUACACCGACUCGGCCGGCUGGACGCUCUGCCAGUACCGAUAGACACGAUACCCGUGAGGCAUGACUGUAAUUACUCGUAUCUGCCAACUAUUGAUUCGUUCGAGAAUACUUUCGAACUCGUCGGAGGGAUAAACUGUCCAAAGAAAAUAAUAUGUCGAAGUUCAGACGGAAGACGAAGAAUCGUGUUAGUAAAGGGCGAGGACGAUCUAAGGCAGGAUGCCGUCAUGCAACAGGUUUUCAACAUUGUAAACACAUUGUUGGAAAGGAACUCUGUAACUAGUCGAAAUAAACUUCUUAUACGAACAUACAAGGUGGUGCCGAUGUCUCGUCAGUCGGGAGUGUUGGAGUGGUGCGAAGGCACUCUGCCUUUGGGUGCGUAUUUGGUUGGAACUGGAACCACGGGUGCACACGCGCGAUAUCGACCGCAGGACAUCACUUGCGCCGCUGCACGUGCCAAAUUCACCACUAUCCAGAAUGGCAGAAGGACGUUAUCAGAGAAACUGGCAAUAUUCAUGAGUAUACUGAAGAAUUUCAAACCAGUUUUCCACAACUUCUUUACUGAACAGUACCUUGAUCCUGUGACUUGGUAUGAACGGCGACUAGCUUACACUAAGAGUGUUGCGACAUCUUCAAUGAUGGGAUAUAUCUUAGGUCUGGGAGAUAGACACGUCCAAAAUAUCCUAAUUGACAAGAAUACCGCUGAAGUGGUGCACAUCGAUUUUGGAAUCGCAUUCGACCAAGGCAAAGCACUUCCAACGCCCGAGACGAUCCCGUUCCGGCUGACGCAAGAUAUGAUUGCUGGUUUUGGGUCCAGUGGAGUGGAAGGCAUCUUUAGAAAGUCAUGUGAAAAGACUAUGCAACUGUUGCGGGACAACCAUGAAACUUUAUUGACAAUAUUAGAAGUUUUGCUUUGUGAUCCGUUGUACGCGUGGACUACGAAGAAACUGAGAUCGACGCAAAAAGAUGCUAACGUGGCUUGUCCGACGGGGUCAGUGGCGGACCUAGCGGAGCGAGCGCUGCUGGCGGUGGGCAGCAAGCUGCGCGGCACGGAGGACGGCGCGGCGGGCGGCGUGGCGGUGCCGGGGCAGGUGGCGCGGCUGCUGCGCGCCGCCACCGACCCCGCCAACCUGUGCCGUCUGUUCCACGGCUGGCAGCCUUACCUCUGAUCCUGUAUUGUAACUUAAAAUAGUAUAAAUUAAAUAAAGGAGAAUUGUAACACAUUCACGGUCCACUCCAAAUUUGGAGCAAGUCCGUGUCCCACACAUCAUACAUGGGUCACUAAGAUUUUUUUAUACGUGAAAGAAAAAGGACCGUUCAAACUUUGCAUAGUGACUUUUGAGGUCAUAAUGAACAACUUUUAUUAUGGGACCGAUGCUGAAAUCGGAAAAAAAUUGGCCAUUCAUAAAAAUGAGCGGAAACAAUCAAUUUUUUUUUUGUGUUUUCAGCAUUGUUCCCAUAAUAAAUCUUGUUCAUUAUGACCUCAAAAACUACAAUGCAAAGUUUGAAUUGUCUUUUUUCUUUCACCGAGUAUAUGUACUGAUUAGGUCGUAUUUUGACUAUGAUAAGUAAUUACGAAGAAAAUGGUGCUUUCAUUUAUGUUCUACUUUUUAACCGCCGCCUCAAAUAUCUCAAAGGAAGGUGGUUCUCAAUUGGACUGUAUUUUUUUUUAAGUUUGUUCCUCGAUAUCUCCGUCGUUACUGGACCGAUUUUGAAGAUUUUU